UUUGGGAAGGAACUCUUCUUGAGAUCUAUGGAUUUCGCAUAUAGGUUUGAAUGACUGGAAUCUGUAUUAAAGAUACUUAUUUUUAUGUUUGCAGCAUUAUGGAUCCAAGCCUUUUGAGAGAACGGGAGCUGUUCAAAAAACGAGCUCUUUCCACUCCUGUAGUAGAAAAACGUUCAGUAUCUUCUGAGUCGUCAACAUUAUCAUCAUCGAAGAAGAAGAAAGCAAAGCUAGAACAUGGAGGAUCAUCAGGCUCUAAACAAAAUUCUGAUCAUAGCAAUGGAUCAUUUAACUUGAAAGCUUUAUCAGGAAGCUCUGGAUAUAAGUUUGGUGUUCUUGCUAAGAUUGUGAAUUAUAUGAAGACACGUCAUCAGCGAGGAGAUACGCAUCCUCUAACUUUAGAAGAAAUUUUGGAUGAAACUCAACAUUUAGAUAUUGGACUCAAGCAGAAACAAUGGCUAAUGACUGAGGCAUUAGUCAAUAAUCCCAAAAUUGAAGUAAUAGAUGGGAAGUAUGCGUUCAAGCCCAAGUACAACUUAAAAGAUAAGAAGGCCCUGCUUAGGCUCUUAGAUAAGCAUGACCAGCGAGGCUUGGGAGGAAUUCUUUUAGAAGACAUAGAGGAAGGACUGCCCAAUUCCCAGAAAGCUGUCAAGGCUUUAGGGGACCAGAUAUUAUUUGUAAAUCGUCCUGAUAAGAAGAAAAUCCUCUUCUUCAAUGAUAAGAGCUGUCAGUUUUCUGUGGAUGAAGAGUUCCAGAAACUGUGGAGGAGUGUCACUGUGGAUUCAAUGGAUGAGGAGAAGAUUGAAGAAUAUCUGAAGCGACAGGGUAUUUCUUCCAUGCAGGAAUCUGGACCAAAGAAAGUGGCCCCUAUUCAGAGAAGGAAAAAGCCUGCUUCACAGAAAAAGCGACGGUUUAAGACUCAUAAUGAGCACAUGGCUGGCGUGCUGAAGGACUACUCUGACAUUGCUCCUGGCAAAUAGUGAACAGUUUUAUAGGUGACGUGUCCAAGUCCAGGGCCGUAGAGCAGCUCUGUGCGAAGAUCGGCUGUUACUCAGGCACAAGAGGCCUCUGGAGAGCAAACAGAUACCCAGGAUCUGCUCUCAGUCCCACUUACCUGCCAAAGUUCUGGCCCAAGAACAUGACCCUCGUCAAGGGUACAUGGUAUUGUUUCUGGAACAUAGUGAGGUCUGUGCUUUACUGACUUUCUCAAUGCCCCAUCAGCAACAAGACUAAAAGCAAAAAUGAACCCAGAGGAAAAGCUGAGAUGUGUGACCAUGAGGUGACAGGAAAAGCUGGACGUCCUCUGCAGAGUAGCAUGUUCCUAAAAGCCAUGGAUGAAACCUUCCUCGCCUGUUCAGUGACUUACAUAAUAUAGCUAAUAAAUUUCAAAUACCAAUGGCCUUGGAAGUAAACAGGAUGACCAUGUCUAAAAAUAUUAAUGAUUUUCUUAGAAGUCAAAUGUUUGCUGUACCAAGUAGUUUUUUCAUCUCAAUAAAAAUAAGAUAACACUGA